GCCUACAACAAUGUCAGUCUGUACGAGACCAACGAGAACGGAACAGCGGUGCCUCCAGCCUUCAUCACGGAGAACCUGUGUCCGCGCCAGUGUAGUAACCAAGGCCGGUGUGUGAACAGUACGUGUGAGUGUAACCAUGGUUACACAUCUGCAGACUGCUCCAUACAGAUCGGCAGGCCUCCAGUCGCGCUGGAACUCCCCUCGGACGGGCUGUGUGACGUCAGGAGUCGGCCCUGUAUGAAGACAUCCUUCUUCGCCGAACCCGUGAUGGACUCGGAGAACCUGACCUGUAGGGUCACACAAGUUCAGAUACGAGAUGGGAUAAAGACUGAAGCCAACUCCAGCGGCCGGUCCGAGGCGACGUUCCGCAGUUUUGGGGAGGUGUCGUGCGCUCUCCCCAGGUCUCCUGUACGGGACGGGACACCUGACACCAAGGAAGGCGCGGUGGCUCAUGGGAUGCUGGUGUCCGUUAGUAACGAUGGAGAACGGUUCAGUGAGGAGUUGUUCUUCACUGUGUACGACUCCGUCUGUCAGGAAUGUACUCAGGGAGGGGACUGUACGUGGAAGCCGAACACCUGUAUCAUCCGAGGACACUGUUUUAGGGACGAAGAGGCGAAUCCUAACGACUGGUGCCAGCAGUGUUUGCCUGCGCUUUCCAACUCAACGUGGACAAGUCGACCAGUCAACUUUGCCCCAAGGCUCACGACGCCGGCCACAAUCCGAAAACUUGUCGGUGAGAAUCUGACCAUGACUUUGACCGCCGAAGAUCCCGAAGGAAGACCCGUAACAUUCCGUCUGACAACGUCAGGAGACCGUGACGUUACCGUGCAGCCAAACGGACAGCUGGAUUGGACAGCAGAUGACGUCAGCUCUGCUUCUAUCAACGUCACAGUUGAAGACGAGUGCGGCGCGUCAUCCGAACAGACGUUCCACCUCACCACAAUGUCGUGUCCUUGUGAGAACGGAGGGUCCUGUGUGCCCGAUCCCGACAUGCCCCGCGGACAAGGCUUCUACACCUGCGUGUGUCCUGGGUACACCGGGGCCGUGUGUGAAACUGAGCUGGAAGAAUGUCAGUCCAGCCCGUGUGUAAACGGAACCUGUACCGACCUCGUCAACGGUUAUAACUGCACCUGCGCGGAAGGAUACAUCGGUACCCGGUGUGACGUGAGCGUAAACAACAGGUGCGCCCUGGCCCCGUGUUUUCCCGACGUCUCCUGUAUCAACUUAGAGGAUGGGGGCUACUCGUGCGGACGGUGUCCUGAGGGAUAUAUCGGGAACGGAUACCAAUGUGGAGGUAACGCUAGCGUUCGUAUGUAG